AUGGCCGAACCACCACCACCACUACCGCCCGGCAUGGCGCCGGCGAUCUCGCCAGACAUCGACCAGCAGCAUGCCCUCUUUGCCUCGCCUAGCUCCAUCGAUGCCACCUUCCCGCGGCACGAAAGUCAAUCACAUCACAAUCUUGCCACGCCAGCAACCAACAUAGCUGGGGAGGACCCUUCUUCUGCCAGAGCCACUGGCUCCAGCACACCGAUGAGCGCUCCCACUCCUCUGCAUGCACCUCCCACGCCGGUCUCCGCAACGUCCAGCGCCGCCGUCUCCCGCGGUAGCAGCAUUCGGUCCAAUGCUCCGCCUUCCUCGACCCGCAUCCGAAAGGGUCUGCUCACACGGGCAGGGAGUGAAGCAGAGGACAAAAUCUCACGUGCUGCCUCGGGCUCACAACAACCUCUCACCACCGACGAUGACGAAGAGGAUCCCUCCAUCAGCGACUCUGGCUUCAUGCCCCGCCGCUUCGCCCCUCAAUCACUUCCUCCCUACGGCACAGCUAGCAGCUCCCGACAGUCGUCCAAUUCCUCGCUCCCGAUGACCACAUGGAAUCAACGAUCCACCGCGGUGCCCCAUCCAGUCAACGCUUCAUCUAGUAGCAUCGGAUCCGGCAACCGCAGCGGCAGUGGUGACGCAAGCGACGGGGCAGCAUCUAGCAUCGCCGCUGUCAGCCUUGGUCGCGCCAUGUCGGUCAGCUCGGUCAGCUCCGUCAACAGCACCAGCAGUCUCGAAGCCGUCCCCUUCCGCGAGGCUCCUCUAGGCAACACUAGAGUUGGCUUCGGUGGCACAGGCGGACGAUUCGCCGGACGCAAUGCUCGCAAUCAACACUUCGGCUCGCUCGCUAUGUCGACACAGCUCAGCUCCAGUCACCCUGUCAAAGACCAGUCUUUGUCCCAACUCGCAUUCGUCAACGACCAGCGAGAAGAGCUCGCACCCGAUGCGUCGCACCUCUCUACGGCUGCUGCUGCAGGGCAUUCCACGGAUCCCACCCUGCUCAGCUCAUCGGCACCUGCGUCUGAUCGGCACAAGGGUGUACCUAAGCAGGCAACAGACGCCUGGAUGUAUCGUGUGGGUCCUGGCAUGCGCACCAACAAGCCAGCACGUGGCUCUCCCGUCAUUCCAGAUACACCAGAAGAUGAUUCACAAUCGGCAGCCUCCCCCGCCAAACGGUCUCGCGAGGUGCUUCGUCAGAAGUUUGCCAAAGGGGCAGGCCGACUCGGCAUCAAAGCCAACAUCGUCACCGUUGUCGGUCCCACCACUUCGGACCAGUAUACUGUCUACAACCCGCUCGACAGCUCCGAAGACGAGACGACCCUCGUUCCCCCCAACCGCACCCCGCUGCCACGAAGCUCAAGCUACUUCUCCACCGCACAGCACAGCGCUGGCUCCUCAGCGAGCACUCCCCUGCAUCCCAUCCUCACCCCUGUUCCCGCCGACUUUCGUACCAGUUCCGUCACCAAUGCGCCCUUGUUUGUUCCUAAGUUCGCCGACGACAUGCCGUCAUCGAGGCUCACUCCGGAGCCCCUGGCCCCCGCAUCACAGGAGGCGCGGCAGGGCGCAACUACGCAAGCCAGCGCAGCGCCCUCUCUCCCGCCCUUAAGCUACGGCGCCAAUGUUGGCAGCAUCACUUCCGACCUCUCGCCCUACAUCACCGGCGGCACGGCCAGUGCCAAUCAUGGCCGACGCAGAUCAUCAGUCUCGCAAAAGCCGGUCUACUCACGCGCAGAGAGCAGCAACGACGCUCUGGAUCGCGUCGCAUCGCCAGGUCUGCUCGUCGCCGACCCCAGCGCCGUCAAUGCUCCUCCCGCCGAGCCUGCUCUCUACACGCUCUCGACCUCGUCAGCGCUGCCGGCGAACCGCUCUCCGCAAGUCGAGCCGAUUGUAACGUCCGGCAGCAGCAAAGUGCAGGCAUCGCCGCAUCCCACACCUGCUGAAGUAGUACGCAUGGAGGCGCAAGCCGGCAUCGCUUCUCUGCCAGAUUCGCCCAGCGAACCAUCGCCCGUUCCAGCAAGCUACUCACCUGUGAUCGUCGACGAAGCCGCUAACGACAGGCGCACGCGCGGCUCUUCGCACUCCAGGAGCAGGCGUCCAAGCAGCGUGGCGGGCAGUGAAGCUCCUCUGCCUGCAGGCCCGGCAACGGCCGCAUCUUCGCGCCGACCCGAAUCGACUCAACGUCAGCGGCUGUGGUCCAACGCCAAGCGGCCGGCCAUUCUCCGCGCACGUACCAGCGAGAGCUCCAUGACCCGAGGUCGACGUAGCCAGAGCUUGGACCGCAAGGCCUCUUCACCGAACGGACAGAGUCCCGUGGACGACCCUAUGUACGACGCAGGCUAUGAUCGACCUGGCACACACUCCAAGAGCAGCUCGAACGGGACGCUGCCCGUCAGCGGUGAAUCUGCUGUACGGAUGCCCCCUCACGUCGCUGUGAUCCCCGAGGACGACGACGGCGCCAAUGGCAGCAUCGAUGCGCCUGAUCGCACGCUCAUGCCCGCCUCCGCUUCCAACAGUCCAGCUCUAUCCUCCUCGUCAGCGCUUCAGGGCGGAGCGGAUGGCGACCAAAUUAUGGCCCUUUCAUCGCCCAAUGGAGUUGGCGUUCCGUUCCUGGUGCAGUCCAAUCCGCCAUCGCGCUCGGCAUCGCCUGCUUCGCAAUUGGCACGCUCUCCCGAAACGAUUCGCGUCGGUCCAGGUCGCGUGAUGGACUCGAUCUACGGCCGAAGUCCAGCGUCCAUCUCCAACCUGAGAAGCCCUCGAUUGCUGCCGUCGUCUGCAUCCAUCACGUCGAUGCGUCCCGCGACGCCGUCUCAGAAGACAUCCUCCGCAAGAGGACCGAACGACUUUCACUUUGGCGACACGCUGGGCGAAGGUUCGUAUUCAACCGUGCUGGAAGCGUGGGAUCUCUUGACCGGGCCCGCGCCCAAGGAGCCAGGCGUUGUCGAUCCCAAUGCCAUCUCGGCCGCUACUGCCAUGGUGGGCGCCGAGACAUCGAAGAAGCGACGCCGUCGGAUCGACCUGACCGGGCGCAAGGCGUACGCAAUCAAGGUGCUCGACAAGGUGCACAUUCUCAAGCAGGGAAAGCAGAAGUAUGUUGCGAUCGAAAAGGAGGCGCUCAGCCGCAUGAUCCGUCAUCCAGGUGUCGUUACCCUCUUCUGGACUUUCCAGGAUCGGGAGAGCCUCUACUUUGUGCUUGAGCUAGCCAGCAACGGCGAGCUGCUCAACUUCAUCCGCAAGCACGGCAGCUUUGACGUUGACUCGGCGCGCUUCUAUGCGGCACAGCUGGCGGACACCAUCGACGCAAUGCACACGGCCGGAGUCGUCCAUCGCGACGUCAAGCCCGAGAACAUUUUGUUGGAUGCUCGACGCCGCAUGAAGAUCACCGACUUUGGAAGCGCCAAGAUCGUGCAUGCCGUCGACGAUGUGGGCGGUGAGGCUUCCACCACUACCGAAGCACCGGCACAGAAGGCACCGGGCAGAGCCGCGAGCUUUGUCGGUACGGCCGAAUACGUAUCGCCUGAGCUUCUGGUGGAAAAAGCGCAGCCAGCGGGGAAGCCUGCCGACUGGUGGGCGUUCGGCUGUGUGCUCUUCCAGAUGCUGGCUGGACGACCACCUUUCAAGGGCGUCAACGAGUAUCAAACAUUGCAAAAGGUCAAACAUCGCGAAUUCUCUUUCCCUCAAGGCUUCCCGGAAGACGCGCAAGACCUCAUCGAUCGAGUGCUGGUCCUCGAUCCCGCACAGAGACCGUCGGCCGCCGAGAUCAAAGGGCAUGCUUUCUUCCGCGCGAUCGAUUUUGGUCGUCUCUGGGAGAUGGAGGUGCCCGAGAUCAAGACGGGACUCGUCCAACCCUUGCCACCGGCGCAGCAGCGUGGUUUUGGCGACAACAGCGAUUUCAGCUUCGAUGAUGGAUUUGGCAGCUCGGACGAGUCGCAGGCGUAUAACGGGGAUACGCAGAGCAUCGACUUGCAGAACCGAAGCGGCGGGGCAGAUGAGAGCUCGAUGAGUGUCGACGCGCUGUCGUCGACGCAACCGAAUGACGCAGAUGAUUCCGACAUGUCGGACGCUAGCUCGGACCGUCGCGAGGCGACGAGCAGUGAUGGUGCGCCCAAACGGCAGAGCGGUCUGCAGCGUCUGGCCGACGGCUUUCACAGCCGAUUCAUGUCAAAUGCCUCUGGGUCUGGAACGCAGUCUCCCUCGUCGCAGCAGCAAGGCACUGGUUCAGCGCCCAGACGCAGGUUCUCGACCAUGUCGAUCGACGCCGUUCCUGCUCCUGCCAAUACCGCGGAAAAUCACACUGGCAACGAAGCGUCCGCCAGUUCUGCGAGCAGAAACAUGCGUCCGUUCUCCCGACCGACGCAGCCGAUCAACCACCAGCCUGCCAGCGCGAGUCCCUCUUCGAUGGCUCGUGCAGCGCAGCCUCCUGCCACGAGUGGUGGGCUGCAACAGAGCUGGGGCGCCCUCCUGCUCCCCAAGGAGCUCAUGCUGUACACCGUGCCCGUGGCGCAAAAGAAGACCGGCACAGGCAAGAUGUUUACCAAACGACGCCAGCUCAUCCUCACGGAUUUCCCGCGGCUGCUGUGCGUCAAGGAGACGGCGACGGCGUUGAAGGUCAAGAGCGAGGUGAUUUUGGCCAUUGAUGGGUCCACUGCAACGGGCGACUCUGCAGGAGAUUUCGAACGGGUCUCUGGACGACACGCGGCAGUCUCGGAUGGGGAGAAUGAGGAGAUGACAGGUGCUGACGCACGCAGCGCCCAACAGGCGAUCCCGAACCUCCUCGCGGGGCUGGAGUACCGAGGCGGGAGAGCGUUUACGGUCAAGAUUGCCAACGGAAGGACGUUCCUGUACGAAACGGCGGGCGACGCGAGCGGGUUGGUGAGGAGCAUCCAGGAAGCUCGGAAGGCGGGGUCGUAA